UACACGCACAGUAUGGUUCACGACAUUACUGAGUAAGUAAAUUUUAUUUUUUACAUUACGUUAUCAAAAAUGAGCACAUUACGCAUGAGAUACAUAUCAUUUUCACCCAUCACAAAACACGCACACUAAAUUCAACCAAUUUUUCACAGUGGUUCUAGACGAAAUAAUCAACAGAUUUCGCGUAAUCAGUGUAUAACAGGUAGUAGUACAUUUAAAGUUUGUUCGUUCACUGCAACCAGGUAUAUCAAUCAUGUUUCGCUCGCUACUCUGGUUUAAAUAAAUGAUUACAAAGCCCAGUCGAAUUGUAAUCGACUGGGCUUUGUAAUCAUUUAUCUAAACCAAAGUAGCGAGCGAAACAUGAAAGUAGUAUACAAUAACAUAACAUAAGUGCGUAACAGUGCAUGAAUAAGGUUAUAUAAUGUAAAAUGUUUAAAAUUACAAACUAUACUAGGCUACAAUUGUGCGUAAGAGCAUUCGUGUUUGUCAAGUAUAAAGACUCAUUCUUGAACCGCACAAGUAGUUUUCGUUCUCGUAUUUCUUUCGGUAGAGAAUUCUAAGCCGAGAAUCUGAAUGAGGUCUCGCCACAUGUAGUGAGAUAAUUCAAAGGAACAGAAAUGAAUAUUCAUAUGUGAGAGAAUAUUCAAGACCUGCAGCUAGCGCGGGCAUGAUGAGAACCUAACCUUAGUUUCUUAUAUUCGGCCUAACCUGAAUUUUCAAAUACGUGACGAUCUAAAUUCGGAAAUUAUUGGAAAUUUGACCGUGGAAAUAAAGAAACCACGAUCAAAGUCAAUUUUAGUGAGUACCUGAUACAGACGUCCUGAUUUUCCUGUGAGUCAUUUUUCUGAAAAUGAUUGGGGCAAUGGACGCAGAAAAUUUGGAACACUUCCUGUUGCGUGAUUUAAAGGAUUAGUGUCAGGGUCAUGCAUGCAUUGCGGGCUUUUGUUAUUGUUUACACUUUACUAAAAUACAACAAAUAGUGAUAAAAAUACCUUGUUUGGUACAUUUCUGAUAAAAAUCACACAAAAAGAGCAAGUAUUAUAAAAGGAUGGUAUAAAUAUAUACGGAUUGUAAAAACUUUCCAGAUCAUCUAAUCUAUUCGUCCCGAAAAAUGGCCGCCAGCAGGAGUUUGAGCCCGCGAAUUCCUGGUGUGACACUAAUCCUUUAAAUAUCGACCUUCUGUCAUGAACAGCUACAUCACCAAACAGAGCAAAAUUUUUUCUGUGUGUGUUGGUGUAAUGUACUCAAGUGAAUAUGAUGUUUGUGAUGUUACUCUGGGUGUAUAUCCACACCGGGCAAGCUUGAAAAAUAUGCCUUGCCACGGUGAAAAUCGAACCUACGAAUCGAUCUUGGUCUAGUAUUCCAAAGGGCAAAGGUCGUAGGUUCGAUUCCCACCGUGGACAUUUUUCAAGCUUGCCCGCUGUGAAUAUACACUCAGAGUAACAUCACAAGCAUCAGAGCAAAAUUGUUCGAAAUAUUUGACAUGGGUUAGAACAAAUGGUAAAUGAACCCACUCGUGUUACUGCCAAAUCUAGAACCCUGAUUCAUCUAUACAUAUUACUAGUGCGCUUGCUAAUGUUGUAAACUCAGGCGUCAUACAUAAUACUGAUAAAGCUCAUUAUGCACGAGAUGACCGUAAGACCAUAGAUAUCUUAUAUACAUUAGAUGAUGCAUCUAAUUAUUCUGCAAUUCGAAAAUUGAAGCCGUGAUUGCAGACUCGGGAUAUUCCCAUGAAAUGAGAAGACUCGUAUGUUUUCUAUUUCUUAAACAGGGAACUUAAACAUUAAGUUAAACCUAUUCCAAAUACAUUUUCAAACUAUUCAAAUGAUGAAAGUUAUUGUUGUUUUUCAGUAAGCGUUUAUUAGCGAGUGGGAAACUCCAAAUGGCCGCCAUCUAUUCAAAUGGGGGUAACCGCUGGAAUAUUCUUGGCUUCAAUUUUACUAUAGAGAUGCGCUAUCUAGUGUAUAUAAGAUAUCUAUGCGUAAGGCGCAUUGAGGCAAGAACAAUGAAGAAUUUCAAUAGCGAAAAUUUCUUGAGGGACCUCGAGCAAAAACAUCGGGGUAUUGUCUACUGCUCCGAAGACCCGAAUAAAAUGUGGGAAAUUUGGAAAAGCAUGCUAAUGGAACAGCUAGGAAAUCCCCUUGGAUCACGAAUGACUUAAGACGUGAAAUAUUUAAUAAAGACUAUUUAAAAGAGAAAGCUGUUUCAACAAAUGAUCCCGAAGUUUGGCAUCAAUAUAAAAGGCAAAGCUAGCAUCCGUCUUCAAUCGGGAACCAGCAUUUCAAACUCACAGACACAGUUUCUUGUUAUAGUCAAGCGACUUGAUGUACUAAAUCAACAUCAGCUAAUACAACCUCUUCAGAGCAUCUAUAGAUGAAUUUAAGGGACAUGGUAUAUAUAUUUACAAAAUAAUGCUCUAAUAUUACAAAAACGGUUACAUAGUUUGAAAGAGCAAAUGAAUAGAAAGAAAAGAAAACAACUUAUCAGUAACUAGUUGCUGCGGAGCGAGCGAGCCUGAAGCGAGCGAGCGAAGCAGCAGCCUAAUUUGUGUAGUAGGCAGUAAAAAAGCAGAUUUUUAGCGUCCCAUGGAAUUGUGGUCGUGCGCAUUUGUAUGCGCAGUCUUCAUAAAUCAGUCUCACCGCACUACACAUGCGUAAUUAAAACUCACUACGUAGCCACCAAUAUUUCUAGCGGGUCUUCAAAAGUGGACAUAUUUUGCAUCAAGUGAUGUUUCAUAAAUACGUGGAAGCAUUGAAAGGCCUUCGCUUCGGCCGUCCGGCUUAGCACAAGUUUUCAAAACGAUUCGAUGUUCUAAUUUUCGUUAUUUUUGCAUUGAUUCGUGCGUUGUUCAUUCAAUGGACUUUGGCCACUGACAGUUCUAUAUUUUUAUAGUGUAAUAAAUCUGUGUAUAUAGUCUAUAUAAUGUGGUAAAUGCGCCUAGCAGUAAACAGACUUGAUAUGAAAUCUGAUAGAAAAAACUUGUGUUUAAUGUGUUAUAUAAUUAAGUUACCUGUAUGUCAAUGAGACGCACAUGUUUAAUAUCUGUCACCUGCGAUUGCUCUUUAACCCCUAGUCUUGGCUACUUUAAUAUAUAAUAUCAAAUAUAUACUGCUUUUUCGCAGUUCCACUCAUGGUAAGAAUCGAUUCCUUAAUACUGGCUUAAGGCCUUAAGCUCACAGCUCACUAGUCGCUGCGAGUAAUAAUAACUGUGCUUGAUAUAUAAUGUGUACUAUUUACUGUCAGUAGUUCUAUUUGCUUAUGAUGCCCGCAGCAAUCCCUACCUUGCAGGUACCCUAGUUAAUAAGUAAAGAUUAAUGUUAAGUACAACUAGAAUAACUCAAGAGGGGUAGAUUAAAGGACAGGGUUAAGUUAAGUUGAGAAAUUAAUAGGCUUUCACAGAUAAGAAGAUCCCACUCAGAAGUGCCUGAUGAUAGGAUUUUGAAAUCAGAAGCGGAGACUGGGUGUUUGUGCAUGUGUUUGUGAGCGAGUAUACUACUAGACAUGGUUGAGAUAGAGCGUACUUUUCCAGUCAAAGGCGAGACUCCCGUAUGCACUGAGAUAGUGUGUGAAUGUGUCGGCGUGUUUGGCCAACAUACAAUGCGCUACAGCAUUGACACGUGAACCGGAUACACAACAUGUGAUCUGAGGGCAAAGGGAAUCCUAUCUUUAAAUGGAAAGAAACUAGAAAGGCGACAAGAGGGACGGAAAACAACACGUAUGGAAAUAUGUGGAUAAGCAGAAGCAAGAACUUUUCUAAGUUGUGAACGGAUAUGUAGACCAUGAUGUCCAGUGAAAGGCAAAAGUAAACAAUUUUCUUGGAACAUGUAUGGACCUUUUUCAGAACCAUCCUCAGAGAUACGAAAAACUAGUUUCAUAUUAAUCUGACACUGCAAUCAACCAACGAAAAAUUCUUUGGCUCGAGCGCGAUUACUAGUUUUAUGUAUGGACUAGCUUGUCCUUGGUGUUAUAAAAGACCUCGGUCUGAUAGUUCACAGUAAAGACCUCACGCUCGGUCAAUAAGCCGUUAUUUAACAAUUAUUGAAUGAGGCUGAGCACGAUAUGAAGAAUUAUCAAGCCCGAAGUUUGUCGUUAUCAACCGAAGCCGAAGGGUGACUAGUGAGGUUGAUAACGGCAAACUGAGGGCUUGAUAAUUCUUCAUUUUGUGCGAAAACCGAAUUCAAUAAUUGUUUUAUUAUUUAUUUAAAAAAUUCAAAACAAACAUUUGUAUUUUAUUUGUAUUAAGAUGAAAAAACAAUUCCUUAGUCCUUCAGCAGCCGUCGUUGCGUCAAAUGGCGUCAGCGAGUCAAUAUGAUUCUCGUCGUCAUAGUAAUAUGGCGCAAACGCGUCCAAAUUUUUUUCAUAUUGACUCUUUGACGUCAUUUUGUUAGCCAUCUCUGGUUAGCCAUCUCUGGUUAGCCAUUGAGUUGAUAUGACAAUUUCACAGUUGGCUGUUAGCCAAUCAGAAACCAGGAAUUUUUUAAAUAAAUAAUAAUACGCCUUAAUUAUAUUGAGCGCGUAAUAAAAGCAUGGUUCCACUAGUUAGACUCUAACAAACGCUUCAGGUUUUCUCCAGGUACUUUAUGUAGUUACUUGUGUCAGAAAAUUGUUGGAGGAUUAAAUUCAUUCACUUAAAACCAGAGUAGCAAAACAUGGGUUCGGACAUUUUACCUGCGUGGUUGCUGUGAACUCUGUAUAUAAACUAAACUAAUAAAUUUCACAUAUAGUUGGAAAUGUCGACAACUACUGUACUGUAGCAACUAAUGAACCAACUACACUAUCGAGAAUAACUACACAAUCAACUAAAUCAGCCACUUCUGACGUCAGCUUAAAUACUUCCAUGGCAACAUCAACAACCUCGUCAGCUACAACAAGUACACCGGGUGAGGUAUCGAGCAGUGAUGAUAAUUCUGGUGGAACAAUUACUAUAGCCAUUGUGGUACCUGUAGUACUGCUGAUAGUUUUGGCCGUCGUUGUCUGGUGCUUGUGGAAACGCAAGAAGAGAUAUAGGUAAGCUUUUUAAAGACAUUAAUGAAUAACUUUGGUGUUUGCGUGGGUUUGGUAUUAUGCAAUGUAUGACAUAAUAAUUAUCGACAAAAUUAAAUAUUCCGCACAAAAAUUCUAGACUUACGUUUACGUGUAGAAAUUACAGUUUUGAGGUCUCUUUUAGAGAGGAACAACAAAAAGCUUCGCAUAGUUAUCAGUGAGAAUCUUAUCAAUAGAAAAUGCGAAAUUUAAUGCAGUUGUUUUUUUCUUGAUAUUUUUGGAACAGCCAAAGAAAUUCAAGUGACGAACGUUCCAGCAAAAAAACUGGUAUGUGCACAAAUUAUGUAGUUGUUUCAAUUAACUCAGCAGUAAGUUUGUACAACAUCGGAUCACUUUGUGGUUAUC